AUGAACGCCAGCGUAUUGAGCAAGUUGGAGGCAAUGUUAUGUAGGCUGUUUAGUUUCCUUCCACGCACAUGGAGGGUGGGAGGAGUGCUAGCUGUAUCUCGUGCAUUUGGUAAUCGAUUGCUUAAACGCUUUGUUGUUGCAGAACCUGAGAUACGGUGCAUACCAUGGACUGUACAUGGUACUGAUUUGCAUAUUUGGAAUUGCCAAGAAGAAAUUAUUAAAGAUGAUGUGGACUGUUUGGUGAUUACCACUGAUGGGCUAUGGGAUGUCGUAUCAAAUGAUGAAGUUGUUUCACUCGUGAAAUCAAUUGAAAACCCAGAAGCUGCUGCAAGGAAAUUGACUGAAAUCGCCUUCAACAAGGGAAGUGCUAACAAUAUUACUUGUGUUGUGUGGUUUAAUCAUGGCAAAGAUGAUUCACCUUGA